CCCAUUACCUGCAAUUUUCUGGCCUGUCCGGACCUGAGGUGCAAUCGUCACCGCAGCAGAUUGCAACUCUGCGUCACCAAAGUCAAUCAACAACAUUCUCAUUCUCUUUGCGCCCACCCGACGACACAUUGGGAGCCUCAUCAAGUGAUAGGCGCGCAAUCAGCAAUCAUUUCCCCAAGACUCAGCGCACUCUUAGCAUGCUGAUGCGAUAGCGCGACCGACAGAGCAGUCAGCCAAAAUGGCAGGCCAGGAGCCUCUGCGACAAUUUCGAGAUGUCAAAGAUGCCGUCUAUCGCUAUGACUCCGUUUUCGCGUCAAUCAAGUCGCCAGCUGAGCUUUAUGAGGAGAAAUUGAGAUCAGUUCAAGAUCGCAUUGCGCAAAUAUGGUCCGAACUGCCAUCGGCGCCGCCGGACCAAACAUCCAGGCUUCAGGAUAAUCUGAUUGAGCUGGCUGGCCAGAAGAAGGAAAUGGAAAUCGACCACAAAACCAAUAUCGAGCACUAUGAUAGGAUUCACGCGCAGAAGAUUCGGGAAACAAUGGACUCGUUCCGCGACCAUCUCUUUCAACUCAUGGGAUCAACCAGUGGACAGUCGCAAUUUCAGAUGACGCCUGACACUACUGGGCUUGGGACUGAGCGAGUUGAGAGCGCACCCAUGGAGCCAGAGUUUCCGGAACAGGAACCAAUUGUCCCUGUUCCUGCAGAUGAUGAGAUGGACGAUGGACCAAUGUUUGACGAUAACCUGAUGGAUGAACCAAUGCAUGACGGCGCUGAUGAUAACGAACCCACGGAAGACAAUUUACCCCAGGAGGACAGUGCGAUGCAAGAACCUGUUGAGACUGAACCUUACAACGAAGAACCUACAGGAAAGGAACCUUUCGAGACGGAACUUACCAACGGGGAACCUGCGGAAGAAGAAACCGCCGAGGGGGAAACUGUUGAAGAAUCUGCAGAGGAAGAACUCGUGGAGAGGGUAUCCGUCGAGGAGGAAGCUGGUGCGGACAGUACUGAAGAACCUAAUGACGAGGAAGCUGCAGAAGCAGAACCCGCCGAGAGAGAACUCGUUGACGAUGAACUUAUCGCAAACAGGACUCGAAAGCCUAGCAAUCGCGCAAAAGCUUUUAGCAGAGACAUUGCUGCCCGUGACAAUAUUUCUGCUCGUCAGGCCAGGUAUACUUUCAGUCCAUCACCGACUCCGGCCGCUGAAACCAUCACGGUACAAGCGGACGAGUCGGACGAAGAAGAGGAGGAAGAUGAGGACGAAUCGGAAGAAGAAGAGGAAAAGGAAGAGGAAGAGGCAUCUGAAACUGAAUUUUCUGAACCUGAUGAAGCUCCCCCAUCACCACGACAAACCAGAUCAGGAGGAACCAAGCGCAAGGGAAGCUUUUCAAGUCCGAUGACGAAAACCAAACGCCAAAAGUCGGAACGGGAAUCUUCUACUACUAAAGUAACACAAAAUAAUGCAACAACAACAGAGCCACCGCGACGCCAGACUCGAUUACGUCAACGAUACCACGACCCAACAGGCGCUGACGAAUUCAAAGGUAUCACCAACCCAAAAUGCGGAAAGGUCUAUUUGACGUACUGGGACAAGACCAAAGAGUGGCUUGCCGUCCUCAUUCUUCCUAUGGGCAGUUUCGACAAGGUUGGGAUUCCUGGAUCUAUCAAAACCUGCGGCCUAGCAGACUCCCUUCCACCUUGCUACCAGUACGGCAAAGUCUCCGGAGAAUACACGUGGGCCAAACCUUACGAGACUGGGAAUACUCUCGUCCAAGAACGCAUGUUUCCGGUCAUGUACUUUGACGGUCGAGACUUUCCUAACAGGAGUGCCAUUGACUGGAUCGAGGCCAAGGAUUUGCGGAGAUUUGACCCAAACCUCAACAACGACCUUCUUCCUCACAUCAAAGAGGUCGACAAAUAUCUGAAAACUGAUCCGGCAAGAGCAGCUUUGCAGGAGGAAGACGAGGAUGAGGAGGCAGUACCGUACAAAGAAAGGACUGAGUCUCAAGCACCGAAGCCUGAAGAAUCGAAGGGGAAAAAACGCAAGUCAAGUGAACGCCGGACGGCAGGAUCCAGCAAAGCCGAGACAAAUUCAAAGAAGCACGCUCCAGCAAUAGACACAGAUGCUCAGAAGGUAACGCCUACGCCGGAACAGAUGGCAGCACAUAGGACAGCAGCACUGAAGCCUUACGUGCUGAGGAUAGCUCAACAACACAGCAACUCGGACAAGUCAAAAACAACAAAGACUGCGACUUCAAAGUCAGCAACGACGACCCCUGCGAGAUCAAAUGAGAAAGAUUCAAAUGGUCGGCCUGCAUCUAAACCGUCAUCUCAAAAGCCAGCAGGGUCGAAGUCAUCGGGCUCAAAGCCAGGAGCAGCGAAUCUGACCAGACCGGCGGGGAAAGGAUCUAAUCAGCAUGCACCAUCAGCCCAUAGGCCAUCAGAUUCGAAGCCACCAGGUAACUCAACUCCCAAGCUAACAGCUGCGAGACCUGCAGAAAAAGAAUCAAGUCAGUCUGCGCCGAAGCCAUCAACAGCAAAGCCAGCAACGGGGAGACCAGCCGAGAAAGAGACAAACCAGCCUGCCCUAAAAGCGUCAGCACCAAAGACAGCACCGAAACCUGCUGAGAAGGAAUCAAAUCAGCCUGCAUCGAAACCAUCAGCACCGAGGCCUGCCGAAAAUCGUCAGAGCAACAAUGCCCAAAGAAGAUCAAAGCCAACAGGUCCAAGGCCAACUGUAACAAGGACAGCAUCAGGGACACCGGCCGAGAACGAGCCAAGCCAGCCCGUUGCAAAGCCACUAGCACCAAAGCUAGCAGCUUCCAGGCCAGCUGAGAAGGAAUCAAAUCCGCCUGCGCCAAAGCCAACUGAAAAGCCCCCGAACAAGUCUGCCCAGACCGAGACUCAGGCACCUGCAACUGCGGAACGUCAAGUCCCUCCUCCAAUUUCUGAUGAAAAUCAAAUGGAAUUUGAGCCUGUGGAUGAUGAGCCUGCUCCAGCUUUGGAAGACGGCUCUCAAGCUGCCCCUGUCGGGCAACAAGCUCCCCAGCCCAGAGCCAACCCUCCGCCUCCAGCUCCAAGAGCACCAUCAGCGCCGCCAAGGCCCCAGUCUGUUCCUCAGCCCAACAAUGUUUCUCAUCAUCCCUUGCCAGUGCCUUCACCUGUGCCAAGGCCUGCCAGUACUAGGAAUCCGCCACGGCCACUACCCGGUGAAGAUGUCAAGAAGGAGAAGAAGCCUAUCGUCGUGAUUGACAUUUCGGAUGAUGACUCAGACGGUGCUGCUGAAGACAAUGCCGCUGCUGCACGUACGUUAUCGCAACAGGCUUCCCGAGCCCAAGUUCUCCAAGAGUUGACUGCCGCUCUGCAAGGAGACUUAACCGCCAGCCAACAACGAACGACAACAGCCCAACGUACUGACGCGGCUCGACGAAGGGCAGUUGACAUUGCGCUAGCGGCACUGAGUGAGGAUGAACCCUCGAAUUCUUCGGCUGGACAGACGCGGGACGGGAGAUCUCAUGAUUCGAUGCGUAGGUCUGUGCAAGGAGGAACACGUGCCCCACUCUACAGCCCAGCUGUGACAAUCACGUCUCUGCCAGACCAAGACCAAGCACAAGCGGUGAACACGAACCGGAGCAUCGAUAGGCAACUCGGCUCUGGAUCACUUCCAACCCCGCCAGCCCAGUCAUUGCCAGGGCCCAUGGACACCGAUAACUAUUCAUCACGACCGCCAUACAGCACAGGACCAAGUCCGAUAGGCCCACCAUAUCGCCAGCCACCUCCUGAGCAGCAUUCAGACCUGCAGCAGCCUCAGCCACGACAAGCGCAGGCUUCUCAACAACAGCUCCUGACUGAGUUCAUGAGUGCGGCACCCAGUCACCCAGAAACCUCAUCUCGACGCCCAAGUUAUGAUCAGGCACCCCGGAUGCCCGAACCUCCUCCCACGACUCAAUACUGGCAUACGCAAGGGCGAUUGCAACAGACAAACGAUCCUCAGCAAUUGCCUCAGAACCGAUACCAGCCAAGCCAGCAAUCGCAUGCUUCCCCUGUGUCCACUGCACCUCAGAUUCAGUAUCCGCGACCUGAUGUACAACAGCAAUAUCCUUCCCAACAGGCGGCUCCAUCGUAUCAUCAAAAUACGCAGAACCAGGCGCAACAACCUCCAGCGCAGCCCUAUAACCAGCCGCCGCAACCUUAUCAACACCUGCCUCCGGUGCAAUAUCAACCGCCGCAACCCGCCCAACAACACCAUGUUGCUCAUCAGCCGGCCCCAACUCAGCAUCAUGAUACACAGGCGCAAGCGCAACCGGGGGGAGGGUCUACUCAACGCACUCCUUCUCUUUCACACCUGAUGCACAGACAUUUGCAUGAAUCUCCACAAAACCAUCGUAACCAGCCGCUGUCGCCACUACCGCAGGCUUCUCCCCCCAUCUCUUCUGCUCAAACUCACAACCAGACAUCGCAUACAUCACAUACAUCGCGUCUAUCUUGGUCCAGCCCGUGUGCCAGUUCUUCAACACAACCUCCACCGCAUACGGGCCAAUUGCCAAGUGUUCCAACGGUCGCCUCACAGCAAGCUGUCCAACAUCAGGCGCCUCUCCGUACCAGCCAUGAGUGGCCAACCGCAUAUCAAAAUGGUCAAGGACAGGUACAACAGGCCGGAGCUCCUGCUGAACAGCCUUUCUCGUCUCAAUAUCAAGCUGCGCCCUCAAACCACUCUCGAUCAGCGUCUGGCCACAGGCAAAACGAGCAGCGGCCUGCCUACCAACCAUCAACUCAUAACGCACCUCAGGCUUACCCCCCGCUGCCCUGGAAUCAGCAAGCAACAACCCAGGCUUCGAAUCUCCUUCCUCCACGGCCACUAACAUCCUUCGACCCACAUCUUCAACAAGAUCCGAACCUACUUCCUCCUUUAGCAUCGAGUAACAGGCCACCGGAACGACCUUAUCAGCCUUCUUAUAACCCCUAUUCGACCAUUCCUAACAUAACGCAACACCACGAACCACCUUAUGCCGGAAUCUACCCACCCCAGCUUCCUCGACUCCGAGAAGCUGGUGCUGGCUCACCACCAGCAAUCUCCCAAGUACAACCUCAACAACCUGCACCUGCAACAGCCUACCAUCCGGCUCCGCUUCGCCAAGUUGCCCCAGCAUCUGGGCCUGGGCCUUCACCGAUACAGCCAGCAGUAAGCCCCCAAGUACAACGGGCCUUGCCUCCGCCGCCAGAGCCUUCAGCAACUCCAGUCUCACAGGCAUCGGCGCAAACGACUUCUAACCAACAAGCUGAGUCUGAGUCUGGUUCGUCCCGUGAUAAGAGAGACAAACGGGACAAGCGGGAUAAGCUAGACUCAGAACCACCUGAGAGCACCCAACAAACCUCAACAGCCGCGCCAGCACCUCAACCGGAACCUGUCACCGGGGAAGCCGACAAUUUUCAUCCAUACGUCCAGGUUGAUCUCAACCUUGCUCAAGACCCUCCCGACUGGGGUGACUCGAUGCCAUUUGAGCUCGUUCAAUUCAUCGCUGAAUGGGAACGCCUACGCUCUCUACGACAAGGUCUGGAAGGUCUACGAAAUUGGAAGGGUGGUCUCGAAUGUUUGUUCUGCACUGGUCACGAACGGGUGCCUUAUGUCUAUGACCGCAAGAAUUAUUUUGAGAAGCAUCUCUUGGAACACUGGAAGAAGCAGAAGAAGCUUCAUCCUGAGGGGCUAGAUCCUGCCCCGCGCCCAAGACAACGGCAACAGCAGUACACUUUUAGGGACGGUACCGCAAAUCUCAAUUUUUGA